AUGGCGUCGAAACUCAUUGCCUUUGUCGCCGCAGCUCUGGCCAUCACAGCUGGAGAAGCGUCACCCACAGCAGGACAUAAUUCACACAAACGGUCAUGCGUCCAGAUCGAAGUCCCUGUCCCGAUCGACACCACGGCGAUCCGGUGGCAACAGCCCCGGGUUGACAACAACAUUGACGCUGUGGAUUGGGUCCGGUUCCACACUACUAGGACGACACCCAACAACACAGAGUUAAUGAUGGGGCGAAUUCCCAUCAAGGGGACCUUCAAGAUCACCGGACAGCUAUGCGUCCCGCCAAAGGGCGCCGCCGCCCGGUCUGACAUCCUCCAUGUCGCUACCCACGGUGCCGGCUUUGAUUCGAGGUAUUGGGACGCUGAAAUCAAGCGGGAGGAGUACUCCUACGUCGACGCAGCACUGGCCGAAGGGUAUUCUAUCUUCACCUACGACCGCCUCGGGACAGGCUCUUCCGAGAAGCCCGACCCAUACGAUGUCGUCCAAGUCAACAUUCAAGUCGAGAUCCUACGGUACCUAACCGAGCUCGCCCGCUCAGGCAAACUUGUCAGCGCCUCCAAGACCCUCGGCGACUGCCCCGACAAGCGUCUCAAGACGUACAAGCCUUCCAAGAUCGUCCACGUCGGCCACUCCCUCGGCUCCAUCAUCUCAGUCGGCCUGAUCACCAACUACCCCACCGAAAGCGACGGGCUCAUUGCCACGGGGUUCGUCAUGACCAACAUCCCGCUGCCCGGUCUCAACCUCGCCACUUGGGGGUUCGAGUACGCGCCCGAGAACGACCCGGUCCUUUUUGGAGACCGCAAGUCUGGCACUCUGGUGCCCGCGACCAAGUCCAACAUGCAGCUUAACUUUCUCCGUAAGGGCACGUUUGAGCCGGCGCUGCUGGACUAUGCCUGGAAGAUUCGGCAGCCCGUCGCUGUCAGCGAGUUUGCGUCGCUCCUCUCGGGGUUUGGCACCCAGGGAGCGCUGUUUAAGGGGCCGCUUCAUAUGGUUGUUGGGGAGAAUGACUAUGGCGCUUGCGGCGGUGACUGUACGGGGACGUAUGACCUUGAGCUCAUCAAGGCGACUUACAAGGGUGCCGCGGAUGUCGAUGUCCAUAUCCAGCCCAAGACUGGACAUGGACUGACUUUGUCGACCAAUGCGACCGCUGGUUAUCAGGUCUCGUUUGAUUUCCUGCACAAAUCGGGUCUCUAA